AUGCACAUAUCCAUGUGCGAUAUUAUUAUCGUCACACUUCUUUCAGAAGAAAUAGCAAAACCGGAACGUAAUAAUAAAUGCAAACGCAAACGACAAUCCCACUGCAGCUGCGACUUGAAAUUCCGGGACUGUCUUCGGAAGACAAACUCCCUAGUGUCAGCACAGAUCGGGCUCACGUACUUCAACGUGCUGGGGCCGCAAUGCUUCCGGAAAGCACAUCCUAUAGUCCGCUGUUUGAGGCGUACCAGGAUAACCGGUCAGAAAUGCGAGGAGUACGAGCUGGACUACACAAAGCCAAAAAUGUGGCAGUGGUUCGACUCAGAGACGUUCUGA